CAACAAUUUCAUCAAUGUAUUUAUUUUUUUUCUUUUCCCUUUGCUUAAAAAUGAUUUAUUCUAUGCGGUGCCUCCAGAGAUAAUCCUCUGUCAUGGUGAUUCGUCCCUCAGGAGAAAAGAAUGAAACUCGGGGGGGGGGGUGCAACCGCAGAGGGAUCGUAAGGAACAAUUAACGCCUCUGGCAGAUUGUUGCAUUUCUUUAAAAAAUAAAAUAAAGAUGACAUUAUGGCGAUUACACUUGGGUCUUGAUAGCCCCCCCCCCCCCCAAACAAAAGCAAAAUGUAUGUUAUGUGUAGAGAAAGCUCCCCGCGUUGAAAACUCACGAGGGUGUAUUCGUGAAAUGGCGUUGAAUAAUGUCCUUUUAUUCAUUUCUGAAUGGGCGGAGCUUGCGGCGAGAGUCCUCCCGAGUGAUGAAGACGUCCCUGAAAACAGGACCCCCCCCCCCCCCCCCCGAGGAGGGUCCGCACAGGCGCAAUAACACGAAAACAGCCUGAGGAUGAGAAGCCCUGGCGGGGUUAGGAUCGUGUUUACGCUCUGCUCGAGCUCUCGCCGAUACAGCGAAAGUUGACACACCCCCGUUUGAAUGCCACGUAGUUGUGAUGUAACAAAAAUGACACAUAAUCAUUCUUAAACUUUUCCCACAAUUAAUGUGACCCAUAACCUGUAGAAGUCAAUUGGUCAAGGGGGGGGGGACUUUCUAAGAGGAAAAGUAAAAAUAAAUGAAAAGUUUGCACAAGUGUGUACACUACUGGUGUCAAACUCAAGGCCCGGGGGACUAGAUCCGACCCACCGUGUGUUUUUAUGUGGGCCGCGAAGGCAAAUCGUCGAUGUCAAAAUCCGUGAUUCUUCUGAAAAUACAUCCCAACAUUUCAAAUUGUCAUAUAUCAUAAAUGAUAAUGUUGAUAUGAUAACAGCAUUUUUGCGUUACCAAACAUGACCGUUAGUUGAGUUCUGAUUCCAAAACUAGUUCAUAAAUUUCAUGUACAAAAAUAAUGAUGAGGCGAUUGAGGUUUUCUAUGGUUUCACCCUAACGGCCAUCGGAGGGAAAUCAUAACUACAAUGUGGCCCGCGACAAAAAUGAGCUUGCCACCCCUGGUGUACACCCUUCUAAAAAAACUGGCUGUGACUGCCGCCAUGACGUUUAUGCGCCAACGCCAGCUUCUUUUUGAAAGUUUUCCUCCAUCUUGACGAAGCCCCGGUUCCAAUCAGGGUUGUAUUUCUUCAGCUGAAACUCGUCGUACCUUAGACAAGGUGGAGGGAGUUAGGAACGGUUCCAAAUAAAAACUGUUUGCGCGUAACAAAAUGUCAGUCAGGGGGGUGUGCGCACUUAUGCAACCAGAUUUGCGUUCUUUAUUUGUGUUCCCCCCACUCGCAACCAUUGUACAGUAACGGCGUAAAUUAGUUUUGGGGUGAUUUAUCUUUUUCACAGCGGUGCGUAAACUUCAUACAGGCACCGUCCCGCUGCGUCCUUCCGCCGCCAUGGCCGCCGGCAACGUGACGGCGAAAGCGUUCAGCGUGUUCGACGGCUGCGACUCGCAAGCGGAGGGCAUCCUGUUCGACCUGACGCUGCAGUGCGUCAACGUGGUGGUGGGCAUCCCCGCCAACAUCCUGGUCAUCGCCGUGCUGGUGCGCAACCGGCGGGAACCGGCCACCUCCGACAUCUACCUGGGCUCUCUGGCCUUCACGGACGCCUACUUCGGCUCCAUGACGCCCGUCAGCUUCCUCAACCUCUACCUGUGGCGGAGCAAGGAGGUGUGGUCGGCCCUCAAGUUCUCCUACGGGGUGAAGGACACCAGCGGGCCUCUGUUCCUCUCCUGCAUCUGCCUGGACCGCUUCCUGGCCGUGGUCUUCCCGCUGGCGUUCGGCCGCCUCAGGCCCGUCAAGUACCGGCUGGGCCUGUCGGCGCUGGUCUUCGCCCUCACCUUGGUCUACUCCGCCGGCAAGGUGGCGGGCGGCCUGGCGGACUUCGAGAAGGUGUUCACCGGCGAGAUCCUGGCCGCCUUCGCCUGGAUGGUGGUGUGCAACGGCAGCAUCCUGUGGGCCCUGAAGAAGUCGGGCGGGGUCGGGAAGGACGACAUGCGUCCCAUGAAGAGGAAGGCCUUCAAAAUCGUGCUGUCCAUCCUUUGCGUGGUGGUGGUCAACUACCUGCCGCCCGUGGCGCUCUUCCCCUUCGAGGACUACUACUCGCCCGACGUCUUCCGCUGCUACGUGCAGCCCGUGGGCUUCGCCUUCCUCAACGUCAGCAGCACCAUCCAGCCUCUGGUCUACCUGUCCCGCCUGGAGAAGGCCCCCUUCCUGCCGGUGGGCCGCGUCCCCAAGCGCUGCCCCUGUCUCGCAGGGGACCCAGACAACACACCGCCUGCGCAAAACCCGUAGAACUAAACACCGCUUUAGUUCUCGCUGCUUGCUGCGCUGCUCUUUCAUUUUUUUUGUUGCGUGCGUAACAUAAGGGAAUGAAAAAAGUUGACCCCCCCCCCAAUUGAUUCGAUAAGGCGGGGAAUUUGCCUCCCUUACGGAAUGAUUCAUUUCACUCGGCGCGCUCGCGUACAAAAAGCAAGAAUCCGCAUGCCUUUCCGUGCAAAAGAUUUUCCGGCCUGUGACUUAAGAACCGCACACAAAAUUCAGAGUUAACAAAUCCACCUUCAUGUAUGUAAUAAACACUCGACGUAUAUGUGCGUUAGUUGAGGGAGUGAAAAAAGUGCA